ACAGUACUCACCUCCCCUUCCCAUCUCUAAUAUCUUACAGCAUAUUCCAUUUCCGGACCUCAACUCCGCCGUCCCGUCCAUCUAAUCUAGGAUCCAACCGCCCUUAUCAAUAUCUAACCCUACUGGGCAACGCCGACUUACUCAGUACAGUAUCUUCCCCGACCCCGACACCGCACAUCAGUGGACACCAUGACAUCUUCGUUAAGUGAUAAUCGGGGUCCCCUUGCCACUUACAUUGGAGACAGAGCCGUUUUUUGUGGAGGCCUGGACCCUGGACCCCCCUCUUGUCGGUUGGUCCGGCCUGCCGUUAAUGGAUGGACGCGCGUAGGUUGUAUAUAUACCGUUUGUGCCUCUGACAACGCAACUUUUUUUUCUCAUACACAUCACUUCUCUUUUGUUUUAUACCUUACUAGGCCAUAACAAAACCAAACAAGGCUGAAGAAAAAAAAAAGACAAGAAACGAAAAUGGUCCUCCUCCGCUCCAUCUACGCCACCACGGCCGCCAUCCUUCUGGGCGCGCAGUCCGUCGCUGCUGCCCCCGUCGCUGCCGCCGCUCCCGACCUCGGAUCGGACAUCUCCAGCGGUUUCCAGGAAGCCGGGGACAAGAUCAAGGGUGUUGUCGAGCGAUGUGUUCCCGACGACCCGACCUCGUGUGGCUCCGGUAACGUCAAGCGUGAAGCUGGUAUUGGGUCGGAUAUCGAGAGUGGCUUCAAGGAUGCCGGUGACAAGAUCAAGGGCGCUUUCACCAAGCGUGAACCCGAAGCCGGCAUCGGUUCCGACAUUAAGAAUGGUUUCGAGGAUGCCGGUGACAAGAUCAAGGGCGCCUUCACCAAGCGUGAACCCGAAGCCGGCAUCGGUUCCGACAUUAAGAAUGGCUUCGAGGAUGCCGGUGACAAGAUCAAGGGUGCUUUCACCAAGCGUGAACCCGAAGCCGACAUCGGUUCCGACAUUAAGAAUGGCUUCGAGGAUGCCGGUGACAAGAUCAAGGGCGCCUUCACCAAGCGCUGUGUCGUCGACGACCCGACUCCCUGCGAAUCUGAAAUUCCUUAAGAUUUCCUUAACGGGAACGAGUAUGUGAAUGGGUAUGGCAAUGCGAUGCUGUGCUACGCUGUCUACGCUAUACUAUGUUGACAUGAGGAUGAGUUGACAUCGUGUAUAUAACGAAGGAGGUAUUUACUUUGUUUUAUGAUAAUCAAUCCAUAAUCCUGGACAGUAUUGAG